CGCUCCCUCCAUCUCGGGCUCAGCCUCCCUCGCGCUCGCUCAUCUGCCAGGCUCCUGUCUUUGCCCGGCGGCAGUGCAGCGGAGGCCGAGCGGGGCGCCAGCAGCUCUCCAGCAAAGUGGAGCCUCGAGUUUCGGGAUGCCGCUAACGCUGCCGCUGCUGCUCUUGCUGCUUGCGCUGGAUGCCUCCCGGGCGGCGCGUCCCGACGACUGGCUGUACCGCCAGAGACGGAGCAGCCCGCGGGGGGAGGAGGAGGGCCUGCGAGAUCGUGCCGUGGGAGCCCCGGAGGCGGCUUCCUUGUUUAGCACCUCUUUCGUCCUAAAAGGUGACGCGGCUCACAACCAAGCGAUGGUGCAUUGGACAGGCGACAAUAGCAGCGUAAUUCUGAUCCUUACCAAAUAUUACCACACUGAUAUGGGUAAAGUGUUGGAGAGUUCUUUGUGGAGGUCGUCAGAUUUUGGAACAUUAUAUACUAAAUUAAACUUACAGCCUGGAAUUGUUACAGUCAUUGAAAAUUUCUACAUCUGCCCUGCUAACAAGAAGAAGAUAAUUCUUGUAAGUUCUUCCCACAAUGACCUGGACCAGAAUCUUUUUAUUAGUACAGAUGAAGGUGCUACUUUUCAAAAGCAGCCCAUUAGUUUUUUUGUGGAAACACUGAUAUUUCAUCCAAAGCAGGAAGAUAAGGUGCUUGCUUACACCAAGGAGGGACAGCUUUAUGCAUCUCUUGAUUUGGGAAUAAAAUGGACUCACAUACAAGAUCAUGUGUCAAAAGAUCAUAUUUAUUGGGCUGUUGAUGGAGUUGAUGAAGAUCCUGAUUUGGUUCAUAUGGAAGUCCAAGAUCCAAAUGAAGGUUUUUACUACAUGACCUGUCAGUUUCAGAAUUGUUCUGAAAAAUCACUGAAAUCUCUCUUCAAUGGUAGGAUUGACAAGAAUUCCUUGACAGUACAGGAUGACUACAUAUUCCUUCAGGUGUCUUUAGGAAACCAAACAAAAUACUAUGUCUCUUAUCAUCGGAAUGAAUUUAUACAGAUGAAAUUGCCAAAGUAUGCUUUACCCAAGGAUUUACAGAUAAUCAGCACUGAUGAGAGCCAGGUGUUUAUAGCUAUCCAGGAAUGGUAUCAGAUUGACACAUAUAACCUCUACCAGUCUGACCCGCAAGGCGCUUCCUAUUCCAUUGCAUUAGAAAAUGUCAGGAGUACCAAGCAACCUGAGGAGAAUGUUUUAAUAGAUAUUUUGGAGGUUAAAGGUGUCAAAGGAGUGUUUUUGGCUAAUCAGAAAAUAAAUGGAAAAGUUACCACUCUUAUAACAUUUAAUAAAGGCCGUAACUGGGAUUAUCUAAUGCCGCCAGCUACUGAUAUGAAUGGUAAACCAACUGACUGCAAACCACCUGAUUGCCAUCUUCAUCUUCAUCUGCGCUGGCCAGAUAAUCCAUAUGUGUCAGGAAUGGUUCAUACUAAGGAUACAGCUCCAGGACUCAUAAUGGGGGCAGGAAAUCUGGGUGCCCAGCUUGUGGAAUACAAGGAAGAAAUGUAUAUAACAUCUGACUGUGGUAGAACAUGGAGACAGGUUUUUGAAGAGGAGCAUCAUAUCUUAUAUUUGGAUCAUGGUGGUGUGAUUGUGGCCAUCAAAGAUACAUCUAUUCCUCUGAAAAUACUCAAAUUCAGUGUAGAUGAAGGUCAAACUUGGAGCACCCAUAAUUUUACAAGUAUUUCUGUGUAUGUGGAUGGCCUACUUAGCGAACCUGGGGAUGAGACUUUAGUCAUGACGGUAUUUGGACACAUCAGUUACCAAUCAGACUGGGAGCUAGUGAAGAUAGAUUUCCGUCCAUCUUUUUCCCGUGAAUGCACUGAUGAAGACUAUGAAUCAUGGGACAUGACAAAUCUGCAGGGUGACCGUUGCAUAAUGGGCCAGCAGAGAACCUUUCGAAGGAGGAAGAAUUCAUCAUGGUGUAUUAAAGGAAAAAACUUUAUGUCAGCACUUUCUUCCAAAGUUUGUGAAUGUAGUUCUUCUGAUUUCUUAUGCGAUUAUGGAUUUGAACUUUCACUGUCAAAAUCAGAGCCUGGGAUGUGCUUUGCUGACUUUUGGUUUAACCCUAAAGCCCCUCCUGAAGACUGUAUCACAGGGCAGUCCUAUAAAAGUAGCACAGGAUACCGUAAAGUUAUAUCUAAUAUAUGUAAAGGAGGUGUGGAUUUACAGAAAAAUUCUUCUCAGCAUGUGUGUCCACUAAUUGCUCCCAAAGGAUUGCAGAUCAGCAUUAAAGGAGAAAACCUAGCCAUUAAGCCAGGAGAAUAUGUCACCUUUAUUGUCAAACAAAAUCAGGGUGAUACUUUAAACACAAAAUACCAAGUGAACUUUGGAGAUGGCAUUAAGGCAAAUUAUAUGAACCUGACACUGAUAGGUGAAACUUUUCAACACCAUUAUGAAAAUCCUGGAGUUUAUCAUGUCUCUGUGGUGGCCAAGAAUGCUGCAGGUCAAGAUGAAGCAGUCAUAUUUAUUCAGGUUCAUCCUCCACUGCAGGCUUUACAUCUUGAAGUAGUUCCUGCUGUUGGCAGAAACCGGGAGGUGAAUUUGACAGCCAUCAUCCUGCCAAGGAAUUCUAACUUUACACUUUUUUACUGGUGGAUUGGAAACAAUAUUCAGCCAGUUCUUUCACUGGAAAAUUUCUUGGUAACCAGUUUUGCUGAAGCAGGUACAGUCAGAGUUACUGUUCAAGCUUCUUGUGGAAAUUCUAUGCUUCAAGAUUCCAAGAUUAUCCAGGUUUUGGAUCAUUAUCAAGUUCUUCCAUUAAGGUUUUCUGAACAUCUAGAUUUAUACAACCCAAACAUACCUGCUUGGCGGGAGGAUGUUGGUCAUGUGGUAACACAACGGAUUGCCCAGGAAACAUGCUUACCUGAAGAAAGUCUUAUGACAGUAAUAAAACCUGGGCUACCUACCACUGCUGACUUUUAUAUGCUUCUGUCUACAAACCAUCCUGAAGGAAAGAAAAAUGUAUUUAAUGAUAAGCGGUUAGCUGCUAUUAAACAAUCUCUGAAUGCCCAAAACAUCAGUUUCUUUAUGAGAGGAGGAAAAUGGGUCCUUGUGGAAUUAGGUAGUUCUGAUUCAGAUUCUCAGAGCAUCAGAGGAGGCAAUGGGUACUGGAUGAUAAUGGCUCUCUUUGUCAUUUCACUUGUGGUUAUAGGAGCCAUAAUCCUCUACAAAUUCAAAAGGAAAUUACCAGGGAGAAAUGUCUAUGCUCAGAUGCAAAAUGAAAAAGAACAAGAGAUGACCAGCCCUGUAAAUCACAGAGAGGAUACCCAAAAUACCCAGGGGGAGGAAUUCAUUGAUGACGAUCUUGAUUGUCAAACACUGGGAAAUGCAAGAGUGACUCCUUCUGGGAGAGGUGGAAACUUGAACAGCUACAGAGUUCCCUUAUUGCUGAUGGCAGUCAGUGUCCAGUCCCAGGCAAUCUCUCAGGCAUGGUUCUGAGCAUUAGUUCCAGGGAAAUGCACAAUGACCUGAUUAGCUGAUACAACUCAACCUAUAUUCAAGAAUCUUCUACUUCUCUGAAGAAUUCACUGCUAGUGGGAAGGAGACUGUCUCGAAGAUACAACAGCCACGUGUUACUUGGAAAACACGAUAAUACGCUUUGUGUUCAUGGCUGCUGACCUCAGACUAAGAUAGCAGAUCUGUGGCCCUAGGCAUGUUUGCAACCACUUUGUCUGUCUCUGGGUCCCUUGGCUUAUUUAUGUCCACGUAAUCAAACUCAUUUCAGACUUUGUUCACAAUGGUGACAUCAGGCUGCCAUUCUUAAGGCAUGAGGGUUAGUUUUAAAAUAGUCGAAACAGAAAUGGGUGAAUAUUUGGGAUUUUUUUUCCUAGUAAAUCAGCAACUUGGAUCUGAUAUGGCACAUGCAUUGAAGAGACAGGAUGAUCAGUCAUUGGCAUAGCCCACUGGAGAUCUAGUUUCAGAAUAUAAAAACUGAUGCUAAUGUUGGGAAAUGAGUAGAGGCUUUUUGUAAUAUAUCACCAAAAGCUUUCAGCUUCAUUUUGCUCCCAAAUCAGGUUCUUCCUAGUCUUGACACCCCCAUUUUUCUGUCCACUAGACUGCCUGUUAGUUUGCAACCCACACCAUUAAACAGCUUGGGCUGCCUUACCUUUUCUUCAGUUUCCAGAACAGCAAGUGUAAUUACUUUUUAAAAUUUCAGUAGUCUUUUUUUGUACCUUUUUACACUUUCUAUUUUUAUAGCUAUAAAAGCAUUCUUAUCUCAGGAUAACGCUGUCAAAGCAGCCUAUUUCAAAUUUGCUAUUUUAUUCUUUUUUCCUUUUUCUACUUUGGGGCUGAACAAACUAAAAAUAUCACUGCCUUGGAUGUGUUUGACAAUCUGGUGAAUCAAAUUUGAUUAAUUCCAUUUAAAUAAUUGCACUUUUUCAAUUUCAUCCUAAAUAUCAUGCUUCACUUUUCAGACUGGAGCUAAGUGAAGUCUUAGGCAGGAAAUAACUUCUGUUGUUAUUUAGAAGAACUGCUAGUUUAAUUGUGAAUAUGCUUGUUUCACCCCAGUAACUUUAUGGAGCAAAAGUGCAGUCAGACUGGUGGUACUUGUUCAAAGAAGACACGUGUAGAAAACUAGCCACAAAGUAGUCUAGAAAUAAUACACACAUAGGUGCACAUUUAGAAAGUGUUUCCGAAUAUCAAUGAACGAUCCUUACAAAUAACUUGUGCUGCACUUAUUGUAUGUAUUACGUGACUGUGUCUCCAAUGAAUUCUUUCCACCGAAGGCACAUUCCAUUUUGUGUUGAUGUAUUUUGUUCUCAUGCAUGCACAAAAGCAACUACUGCAGUACUGUGUCAAGCACAAUGUAUUCAGGAACUGAUCAUUCCAGCAGAUAUAAUGCUGCUGGAAAUGAAUGGCAACAUUUAUUUGCCACCUGCUCAGGAUCUCUCUGUCUGUCUAUGCAGCAGAGCUCCUAGUGGCCUGCACAUUUUCUUAUAAAAGAGCAACAACUCCCCACUGCCUUACCUGUACAGAGAAUAAUUGCAGUUUAAAAAAUAUGGAAAUCUAAAUGUUUAAAACAAAAAAAAGGGGGGGGUUUCCCUCAUAAAAUAUUUUUAUGCUUGGUAUUAAGGGACGGAACUCUUCAUUUUACCAUUUAUGGUAUUGCUGGUAUUGAAAAUUUUAAAAAAACACACAAUUUUUAUGAUGAAAAAUUGCUGGAUCACAAUAAUUUGAAAACAUGUUUAAAAAGUAACCCUAGCAAUGCAACAGGAUGGGCAGAUCGCAAAUCUAGACUCCAUGUUUUUACAAAUCUAUGAAUGAUCAGCAGUAAAAAGUAUACAUGUACUGAUCCCAAGCAUGAACAUCUAAUUUUGUUAUUUUCCUAAAGUGAAAACCUUGUUUUAGCUCUGCUCUUCCACAACUGGAGAUAGAGUUAAAUGAAGGGUGAUCUUUGUUUGAGAUGUUAUUUUACUUUAUUGCUGUUCAGCAAACUUAGAAUAUCCCAAAAUUCACACUUUCUGUUUCCUUGUUUGAGAUAAUGUCUGUUUUAAGGUGGGGCACUACAGUACAGUACUGUAUAUUAUUUGUGGUUACUGUAGAUAGAGCUAUAACUUCUUACAAUCUUUACUGGAGGGAGCAGCUUCAUCUACACAAAUUACUGUUUUCAUAUUGCUAACUCUGAAACGGGUGUUAUUCAUGUCAAUAUCUUCUGGACCCUAUGCAUGUAUUUUACUCUUACCACCCGGGCUCAUUAAAAGGUCCCUGAUUUUAAUGUUUCUCUAGAAGUGUUCCUCCUCUCCUUCUCCCAAUAAAGAGAUUUUUGUUUCUGCAAAUAAAAAGAGCAGGUUGGGAUCUAGCCACUGCAAAGAAAUUUCAGUCCAGAUCUAUUAAUACAACACUGCUUUGCUCUGUAAAAUGCAAUGGCAGUAUUUUAAGGCAACUUGCUUUCAUUUUUGUUUGAAAAGCUGCUUUACAACUGUGGUUGAGCCAACAAACAAAUAUUGGUAAUUGCAUCUCUACUCCUCUACUCCUCCACUCCUAAGAAUGAAUAGAAGCAAUACUGGUCAUAGGGUUUUUUAUAGAAUAAAAAGACUGGAUUCUUUAAUAUUUUCUAGCCUUAGAUGCAGGUAUCUCUUAUAUUGGCAGAUUAGUUCUUGAGAUAAAUGUUUGUUGCAUCAUUUGUAAGAAAUUCACUUUGUACAGCACUUGUAUAAUUGAAAUAGACUGAUACAAAAGAAGCAGAUUUGGUUGCAAGAGUAGGAUAUUUUUGUGACACUGACAGUAGUGAGUCAAAAGUGGACUUGUCUUCAGAAGCAAUAAAUUUUACCGAAUGCCAGCAUUUAAAAAUGUGGAGAAAGAAGACUGAAUGGAAAGAAACUUUAUUUUUCCUGCUGGCUGUUUUCUCAUGCAGUUCUUUUUCUGUCUAGCUAUUCAGGUAUAUGUUUUGUCCUGCCAAGAAUGCUUUCCAUUAAAGCUUUCCAUGGAUAUUACAAACCAUGUUCUUUUUUGGGUCACACCUCAAUAUAUAACAUCUAGUUUACCUUUUAUUAAGAGCCAAUAUAGAUCUACAAAUAGCAAGUUGCAUCCUUGUUACCCCAGAAUAAUUUUUUUCCUUUGUUCCCAAGUCUGCAGAAGGAUUACAUCACUGAUGUCACAUAAUGAAAAUACAAUCCAUCACACUGUACUAGAUGGACAGACAGAUAGACAUUACAUUUCCAGAGAUAGUAUAUUUUUAUCCACCCGUGCAACAGAAAGAGAAUAUAGACAAACAGAUGAAAGUAAAUGCAAUGUCAGGGCAAUCUGGCUGUCACCUCUCACCCCAUUGAUUGCCAGGAUUGAUUUGGCUGAUCUGGCUGGCUAGGCAGAUGUCCCCUUCCUCCCUCACUGCUCCAUGUUAUCCCUCCUGAGCCUACACACUUGGUAGAAGAGGAUGACCAUUCCAGAUAGAAGGAGUGAUGAUGAAAGCAAAUGCCAGGCCAUAUGUUAAACUCCAAAUUUCCUUUGGUGAUGGGUGAUAAAAGACUCUUGGAGGAGAGAAAUUUAAAUGUGCCUCAUUGCAGUAGGGGGGGGGAGGUAAAUUAAGCUUAUGUCAGGGAAUUGAUUAGAUAGGAUCCAGAUUCCCAUAGGAGAUGUGCCUUCCUUGACUUUCUGUGGUUUUCAGCUUGUUCAAUAGGACAGAGAAAUUUCAGACAGUGAAGCAUUGUUUUCAUUACCAGCCUCCCUAAACAAGCUAAAAGGAAGGCCAUCUAGGCCACAAAGAAACCUGGGGUUUCUUCUCGGUGCAUGGUGGACAAUAUGGGCCAGAAGCUUUUGAAAUUUCAAAAGUGUUUCAGGAGACUACCCAAAAAGUAGAUGAAAAUUACAUUGUUGAAGUUCAGCCUUUUGUUAUUGAAUUUUAAUGGUAGGGUCUUGAAGUGAUGUUAGGGGCUAAUAAUGCACACCUGUUGAAUAAAAUGAAGACAAAGAUUGAUGCUCUUGCACCUAUUUCUUUUUGGUUUGAUAGGAUCAAGUGUGGGCAUUGCAUUCUCUAACCAAUCAUCUUGUUCUUGGUGAUGCUGUGGCUUUGUGAAGGCCUUCUAGGGAGAAAAUUCCAUGUAAGAGUUUGCAGGUACAUAAAUAAUACACAGUCUGAUAAAUUCAGGGUUAGUUGUAGUUUAAAUGGAUGAAUAGGUCAUUUUGAAAAUGAGAUGGAUAGGCUUAAAUGGAUAAAAUUUUUGAUGAAAAAUUGUAUUUUGAAUGGAAGGUAGGAAUUGAAUAUUAAGUGGUUAAAAACUAGGGAUAAAAGGAGAGAACAGAUAAUUUAAGAAGACUGGUAAAUUGAAACAAGGCCCCAUGAAUGGGCUUUUAAGAGCCAUUGAUUAUAGUGGGAGAUGUAAGUAUAUACCGUACUUCAACAUUAUGAGGAGACAUUAAUGCCACUUAAAACUACUUCAGCCAGAUUAUACUUUAUAUUAAACAUAAGCCUGUGAUUACACAAUCAAUAGGUGAAAUGGAUUAUGUGCAGCAAGACUGGAUGGAAGACUCUCGUUCAUUAGUGCUGCAACUUUAAAAUUCUAGAAAAUAAGAGAAAAUUGAUAUAUAUAAUAUAAAAACACAUUUUUUCUUAUAUUGCUGUAAUUAAAAUAAUUGUGUUUUGCUAUAUAAACAUAAAGUGGAUUUACAUGAAGAAUAUUAUAAACAACAAAGUACACAGAUACAAUAAUAUAUAACUGAAACUAUGUAUACAUAAAUUAUAUAUCUGAAGUGAAACCAACGAGUCUAUAUAUUUCCAUAGAGGCAAAUAUAUGAACUACAUGAAUCAGGAUAAAUAAGAGAACAGAAAAGUUCUCCAUGUCAUAAGUAACCUAAAAUUCCUACUGCUUACAAUACAGACAAGUACUAUAAUAUUCCAUAUAAUUGAAACCCAAAUUGACAUAUAGUAUGUAUUUUCUUGUCUGGCAAAAUCUGAAUUGUAUCAUUGAAAUCCAGUCGGUCUUAUUUGAUAAUCAAGAUAAUUAUUUUGCAUUAAAAGACUUCACUGUUGGAAGUGAAGUAUGUACAGACCCAGUAUGUACAGUGUAAUUUCAACAUUAGAAGAUGUUGCUUUUCAGAGCUCUUCCUCAUACUGAGCUCAAGGAUUAUUUACCAGUCCUUGAGUCACAGAAAACUAUAUUGGCAUGAAAAUGGCCAGCCUUUGAAAAGCCUCAGGCCCCAGUUUCCCAGCUCCAUCUAAAGAAACUCAGAUUCCAGCCUCAGCGUCAGAAAGGAAAAAGAAGCUAUAAAUUUUAGGGACUUGCAUUGCACCCGUCUUUACUGCUAAUGUAUAUUGAAAGUUCACAGGUUAAAUAUUAUGUAUGUCACUAUGUUAUGAGAUACUUCAAAUACGCCACAACUGUCAGGGACCUGCAAGGGUGGGUAGUGCCAAACAACACAAGAUGGCAGCCACAACUUAAUGAUCAAAGACCUUCCCCCAUUUGUUAGGUAAAGGUAAAGGUUUCCCUUGCACAUAUGUGCUAGUCGUUCCCAACUCUAGGGGGUGGUGCUCAUCUCCGUUUCAAAGCCAAAGAGCCAGUGCUGUCCCGAAGACGUCUCUGUGGUCAUGUGGCCAGCAUGACUAAACGCCAAAGGCGCAUGGAACGCUGUCCCACCAAAGGUGGUCCCUAUUUUUCUACUUGCAUUUUUUUACAUGCUUUCGAACUGCUAGGUUGGCAGAAGCUGGAACAAGUAACGGGAGCUCACCCCUUUACGCGACACUAGGGAUUCGAACCACUGAACUGCCAAUCUUUCGAUCGACAAGCUCAGUAUCUUAGCCAAAGUGGGACGGCUUCUAUCAUAGAAUAUAGAAUAAAGCUUGGAAGAGGCUUUGUAGUCCAAAUCCCUGCUCAAGCAGAUGGGUCUGUAGUUUCCUGAGUGGUCCCCCCUGUCUUUUUGAAGAUUGAGACCACAUCAGCUCUUUUUUCAGUCUUCUGGUAGUUCCCCAGUGCUCCAGACUCUUUUUGUUCAGUGGUUCUGAGAUCACAUCUGCCAGCUCCUUUAGAACUCUGGGAUGUAAUCCAUCUGAUCCUGGCAAUAUGAACUCAUCUAGAGUGGAUAAGUGUUUUCUUACCACUUUCUUGUUUAUUUUAACUUGCAUUUCUAUUCUGUCGUCUACAGUAUUGCUUUUGAUAAAUUGGAUUGGUUUUUUCCUUUUGUGCUUUCUUCCUGCUACCUGGCACCUCCUUGCCAUUUCUCCCAUUAGUGGACCAAACAUUUUCUUGAUCUUUUUCUUGUGUUUUACAUGUUGAAACCAACUUUUAAAAUUACAGUAUUUUUGGCAUUUCUUGCAAGUCUUAAUUCAUUAUGAGCCUUAGCUUUCCUAACUUCAUCCUUGCAGAGUUGAGCUAUUUGCUGAUAUUCUGUUUUAGUUAUGUGUCCCUCUUUCCAUUCCUUAUACUUGUCCUUUUUGUCUCCCAGUUCAUCAGGGAGUUUUUUCAUGCAACCAUGCUGGUUUCACCUUGUUUUUGUUUCUCAAUAAUAUUAUAUUAGACUGAGCUUUUAUAAUCUCAUUUUUCAGAGUUCCAGGCAUCUUGUUUUCCCCUUUAAGAUUUCCAUCCAAAAAAGUCUUCCUAAGGUCUCUCUUAAGUUUGUUGGUCAUAACUUUUUCGUAUCCACCCACACAGCUACAGUUGUCCCUGCCCCUAUCCUGCUGUGGGGAAACAAUUUGACUUCAGUGGCAUUAAUAGAAUAUUCACCAUCAGUUAGGAGUUGCUUUUUUAUUUAUUUGGCGGAUGAUAUUCGGGGACAUUUCCUUUUGCAAUACUCUCCAAUUGCAGAAGCCUAAGAGAAUAGCCGAGUGGAGGUUUAGCAUUUCAGGGCAACCAAGGCCUCUUCAUUAUUAAAAUUUUCCUUUGUUCUUUGGUGCAGUUAUAACACCAAUAUCUAUUUGUCUCUGUUGUAGAUUCUGUCUAUUAACCAUCUAGAAAUAAGCUUGUAAGAAAGUCCUUACAAGUCCUGUCACAUUUUUCCAAAAGUUUUGAAAAUUGAGCAAUCUAAUUCAAUGGGUGUGGAUAAGUGGGGACUUAAGUAUCUUGUUGUGCAAUUUUAUCCCAUUAAUUUUUGUGGGACUGAGGCACACCUAUUUUGCAGAGGAUUGUAUGUACUAUAUAUGCAUAAUUUGGGCAUUGGCAAUCCUUAGGAAUGAGAUGGGUGCAUUUUUAUGUAUUGUUUUGUUAAGAUUUAUUCCUACAAGCCUUGGAAAACUAUGCAGGAUAAAUGAUCUUUCUGAGAUAGUGGUUUCCAAAAGAUAAAUAUACAAAAAUAUUGUAAUAGGAAUUACAAUACACCAUUCCAUUUUGCUGGUCUUCAUUGGUGUUCUGGAAGGGCUUUUCUAUGGGGUUCCUUUGGGAUCGUCAGCUUCCAUCGCCUGUCAGAGCCGCCUUCACAACGGAAUGGCGGCUCGAAAAAACUCCGUUUCCAUGAGGAAACGGAGAUAGAGCCGGCAGGGGUGGGUAGAACUCUCUGCGGAGUCCCAAAAGUUUUUCCUUUACUUUUGGGACGGAGCAGAUGAGAUGCCCCGUAUCCCCAGCCGCUGCUCCGGGCUUUGGGAGACCUCUGCUGAUGCAGAGCCAAGCGUCAAAAGCAAGCUGCAAAUUUAACAGACUACUUAAAGAAAAUGUGAGCUGGACCUGUAAUACUGAACUGCAAGUAUUUUACUGAUUUUUUAAAAAAUUUACUUAAGAGAGAGGAGGAAAAGAAAGAGGGAAAAAAAGCCUUUUAAAAUGGCGUCGGCUGGAGGAGAGGCUGAAAGGGAAAGUCCUUCCGUUUUCUAUUACUACAAUGUAGCGGAAUAAAUACCACUGGCUACAUUUGUAGACAAAACUUCGCUCCUGUGUCUUUUUCUCUUUUUUUUCCCUUGGAGACCUGAUAUUGUUGUUGAUUGGAAAGAAGUCUUUCUUCCUUUUUUUUUAACAAAGCCUGCCUGGGCGGAAACAUGGCACUGAGACUCAUAAAGUCAAAUAAACAAGAAGGGGGGGGGAUUCCCCCACCAAUAACUUAAAGGAACAAGUCUUAACUCUUCAGUCUCAGAAACCUGAUUUUAAUAUAAUAGAAUUUUUUAUAGAGGAGAUUGAAAGAAGGGAGGAGAUUGUGAAUCAGCAACUUGAAAAAUUUAAGCAGGAAAUUAAAGAAUUGGUGAAAUCUAAGUUUGAUUCUUUGGAGAAAAAAUUCUCAAAAGUGGCUAAUGGUUUUACAGAAUUUAUGAUACAAUUCGACACAAAUACUAAUGUACUAGAGUCUAAAAUGGAAGAAAUUCAAGAUAAAUUGGACAAUAGAAUUCAAAAAAUUGAAAAUGAUUUGACAAACACUCAGGAUAAUAGCUUAGAAGAAAAACCUAAAAUGGAUGCUGAUCAAAAGUAUGGUAAUGCAGAAAAUCUGCAACAGAAGAUUGAAAAAGAGAUUUUAAUGGUACAAUAUAAUUUCACAGAAUAUGCGAUAAGAUUAAGAGGUUUGCAGGAAAAUAAUAGAGAGGAUUUAAGGAAAAUAUCUUCUGAAUUUCUAGCUGGGAUUCUAAAGGUUCAAUCUGACGAAGUGUUUUGUAGGAUUGACAGAGUUUAUCGAAUCAACUCCUGGAUUGCCAAGCAAAGGCAAUUGCCUAGAGACGUGGUGAUUUAUUUUACAGAUAAGGAAAUUAGGAAUAAUAUCGUGCAAAAUUCCUUCAAUUCUAAUUUGCAAUUGUAUGGAAGAAAGAUUUGGAUUUACAAGGAACUCCCACCUAAGAUAUUGAUGGAAAGGAAGAAAUUUGGUUUUCUGGUGAAUGAGUUAAAAAAGAGAAAUAUCCCAUUCAGGUGGGACGCCCUAGUUGGUAUUAUAGGCUAGCUAGACAGCUCUUAAUUAAUGCCUAGAAGCCCUAUACUAUAGUUGAUUGAGGGGGUACUGCACGUAUAGGGCAUAAUUCUCUUUGAAAGAACAGGCAAAUAGCUUAGGAGUUUUACUUGAUUCAGCUUUAUCAUUUCAGGUUUUGUUGGCCUCCAAGUUCACCAGCUGCAAAUGUUGAUGAACAAGUAAUCCAGCCACAUAGGUCCCUUCUUGGAUAAUCUCCCAGUGUGUUAUUGAAACACAGAGUGAGGUGCUGUCCACUUUUACUGAGCUGCAUUUCCCAAUAUACCCAAUGGUGAUGAAUGCUGAAAGUUGACCGUAACUUCUGGAAAGAAGCAGGUGCCCCACCCUUACUGUAUUGUAUUGCAUAUGCUGCAAUUAGCCUUAAAGAGGAGCCAAGAGUUUCAGCUAGCACAGUCAAGAAGUCCAAGCCAGAUUGAAUCGCAUUAGAUCAGUCUGGAGGGAGCUGUGCUGGAUGUUUCAUGACUCCAGGCCCAGUUCAAGGUCUGAUUUUAAACUGCCUUAAAAAUAACACAAAAGGCCAUUUUGGACUUAAAUGCCUGAAGGAAAACACAUUUUCCCGUACCAGGCAGUUUGUAUCCAAAAUCAAUCAAGGAGUGACAAUGGUGGAUUUCACAUAAAAAGUACCUUUAGAGAUUUCUGCCAUUUCAUCUCUGAAAAUGUCUAUCCAAAGUUGUUGGGUUUUUGUGUCCAGAGUAAUUCAGCAUAGUUUGAAUUUAGCUUCCCUACAGGCUGACAUUAGUUUGAUGUAUCCUAAAUUACACUAAAGUGAUCAUUUGCAAGAAAUAUUUUUAAUAUGCACAGCCAUUGCUAUAUGGUAGAGAUCUCAAAUGUGAAUAGUGAGGAGUGAUGGUUAGGAUUGCAAUGCUGAAGCAUUUUCAUGCAUUGAUACUAAGUCCCCAGUGAGUCAUAAAUGAAGAAAAUGAAGAGUAUCAUAAAAGGCUAGUUAUCAGAAAUGAAUGUAAUAAUGACUUUACUGCAAAACUGAGGUAUGUGCAAACCACAGCUUAGAAAAACUGGUUUGUGAUUCAGCUGGCAGCAUUUUUUAUUAAUGAAAGUAUCAGUGUGAUAUUGAUCUGUGAUAUUAUUUUCAAAUUCAUUUCUAAAAUUAAAUACUCUAGAAAACCAUCUCACUAAGAGUUGGUGAAACGAUAUAUUUUUCCUACCUCCUUGCUGAGAAGUUCCCUUUGGUCUUUUUUCAUUUGCUCUCUUUUUCUUUCACUGCUCUGCCUUAGCAGAGAACUCUUUCAGUUUUUUCCCACUCUUGCGGUGUCCUUGGUGCUGAGUUUGGUUGUUUCCUUGCAGACAUUUCAUUACCCAAACUAGGCAACAUCAUCAGUUUGGGUAAUGAAAUGUGUGCAAGAAAACCAAGAUCAGAGAGCGGCAAGGACUCCUCAUUUCAACCCUGACCUACAAAUAUUCUGGUUCCACUCCUGCCUCAUAAAGAGAUUGUCACAGGAGACUAAGCAGUCCUGGCCUUCCACCUCUGCCGUUCCCUCCUUUUCUUGGGCAGCCCCAACCUGCCAGCUUGCCUGCCCAAGCAAAAUUUUUCCUUUGCUGCUUCUGCUUGUGGAGCUGGGCAUUGACCGAGAUGAAUAGUAUUCAGUAGCCCACAAAAGCAUAUGGGGAUUCUAGCAGGUAGUGCAGUUUAGCAUGUUGACUUAUACCACUCAGCUGACAAGGCAUUACUCUUGCCAGGAGAUACACCGGGUUAGGCUGAAGUAAGUGGUGAGGCUAGGUCUUUCACCCGAUUCCUCUUCCGCAGGUUUCCAUGAUCCAGUUUACCUAACUUUGUGGUAUUUAGAGCUUCCACAAUCUUGUUGCAGGUCGCAGAAAGUGACUUGGAGCAUAUAGCUCAAGAAUUGCAAGUUUGAGUUCUUUGUUAUAUGGUCUUCCUGUUCACUUACUCUCUCCUGCCCUGUUAUGGACAACUUGCCUUUAUCUUAAGAGAUUUGCAUUAGACAUGUGCUGGGCUUAAACGUGCCCAGUCUUUUAUGACUGCCUCAAGAUCUGAAUGUUAUCCCAUCCAUCAAAUGCAAUAAAUGGCAUUAUCUCCUCAAAAAUUCUCUUUUCUGCUGGCAUGUCCUUUCGCUCUAGGGAGUGGUACAGUGGCCUAGAGGUGGAGCUCUCACCUCACAAACAGGAGGCUGUGAGUUUGAUCCUAGGUAGAAGCAGAUAUUUCUCUCUCUGGGCACAAUGAGAAUAUAUCUGCUGAACAAAACUCCAUAUUGGCAACAGGAGGGCAUCCGGCCAUUAAACACUCUGCUAGCUCUAUUCAGUUGCCUAGGCUCCACCCCACAAGGGAUUAUUGGGUCGUUAAAAAAUGAUGAUGAUGAUGUUCUUUUACUCUAGGGCUGUGGUAUGUUUAGGCGCCACAUAGUCUUGUUCCUUUUGUAGUUCCCUUCCAUUAAAUAAACCAUGUUGAUUCUCCCUAAAUAAGUGUAGAUUUAUUUCCCCCUUAUUUUGUUAAAGCUUAUUAAUCGAAUAGUUGAGAAAUCCUAUUCUUUUUUUUUAAGAGGUAGACAUAUUUGUUAUUUGGCCUUGAGAUUCCCAUGUUUUUGAAAAUGCAGUGAUGUAUUCUGAUAUGCACCCUCAUUACCCACCACUUUAGCCAUCUUAAAGGGUUCAGUGGAAAUUUGUCACAUAGAAAAACCAGAUUGCACUUUACAUAGUAUUUGUGUUUCUUAUGUUUAUAUGAUGAUUGCUGAAAUGUGAAUGCUUAGAAAGCAAACCAUCUCUGAACAUGACCAUCUUGGUGCCCUAGUGAAUAAAUACCACACAGUCCUAAAGAGAUGCACAUCAUGUUUUAUUUCCCAUAGCAAACAGCUUCAGUAAACGGAAUCUGUCUAAGUGUGUUAAUAGGCCCUAAAAUAUGCAAGUCUGGCUUUAUUCAUUUAGGACAUGAAUUGGUAAGCAACCUGAUGAAUUUUAUGGAUUUGAUGGAACAUAAAAGGAAAAUAAUCUCAACACUCAUAAAUUAUGAAAAGAUUAUAGUUGAUAUAAUAGUAAAACUCAUUUCUUUUUGCCUUUAUUUCAUCUAGUUUUGUGAUAAUACAGUAUACACUUUCUUAUUACUAUUUUAGAUAAGAUUACCCAAAACUUGUUUCUAUACAAGGGAAAACAAAAUAUUCAUAAUUGUCAAAGAGGUGUAAGGUGGAUGAGAUUUAGGAAUCUGUAUAUUUUUGUAUAUAUGUGACAGAUAAAAUGUCAAAUUUGUAGUAAUGUGAUCACAUUGAAAAGCAGAAGCAAAUGCUGAAAUAUACAUUAUGUUAACACUUAACUACAGUUCAACUGCACAAUCUAGAUAGCUGAAUUAGGUCUUGCUAGUUUUGAUUGCAAUUUAUUUAUAAACUGUGGAAUUCAGCUUAAGACUGUUCUGCUUUGAAAUAUGUAGCAGGUUAAUUAGUGUGUCCAAACGAAUGCACUUGUUCCAAGAAACUGUAUUGCAUUUUCUUCAUUAAAAUGCUUUGACACUC